AUGCAUUGCCCUUUGGCUUUGGCUCAUACCUUCAAGUACCUGGCGAGAGCGAUAGGUGACGACGACAAGGCAGAAGCAGAAUUGUUCAGAGUUGCAUUAGAGUUUCUCAGAGUUGUCUUGAACGUUGAGGGAACUGCCGUCGGCCGCCCUGGCGCCGUCCUUGCCGCCGGCCGGGCCCGUCCCCAUCAUCCCCACCUGCCGCCGCCCUUGCCGACGGCCGGGCCGUCCCCAUCCUCCCCACCUGCCGCCGCCGGCCCGGGCCUACCCAGCGUCGCCGCUUCUCCUCGCCGCCGGACGGGACAGGGGACACCCAGCGGCGCCGCUUGGAGGAAUCCCAUCCUGCCUCUUGCUGGGAUCCUGCUCCACCGCCGUAGGGUCGCCCACGCCGCCGGUAGAGGACCUCCCGCGCCGCCGCCGGAGGUACGUCCACGCCGCUCCUCGAGGGCCUCCCACACUGCUACUGGAGGGUCGUCCGCGCCGCUCAAGGCCUCCCCGCCCGCCGCUGUUUCAACCUCCCGCUCGCCUGGCGGCGCCGUCGGCAGAGAUGGUCAGGGCUGCCUCCCCUCGCCGCGACAACUUCCUGCGAGUCGCCAUAACCUUCCAACUCGUCCUGCGAGUCCGCUGUCGCUGGCGUGA